AUGGCAAAGUGGCAAAUAUUCCUCUCUAAAUUUGAUAUUGUUUUCAUAACCCAAAAGGCAAUCAAAGGACAAGUUAUAACGGACCACUUAACGAAGAAUGCAAGGGAAGAUGAUUAUCAGCCAUUUCACGCCUAUUUUUCUGAUGAGGAGAUCUUAUUUGUUGGCACAUUGGAAGACAUGAACGAACAGUAUCCUAGGUGGAGGCUAUUCUUUGAUGGGGUUUCAAAUUCUUUUGGGGUUGAAAUCGGAGCUAUUCUUGUAUCUCCUAAGGGAAAGCAUUACCUUUUCGCUGCUAAGUUGCGAUUUUCUUGCACCAACAACAAGGCCGAAUAUGAAACUUGUAUUUUUAGAUUGCAAAUGGCAUUGAAAAUGAAGAUUAAGGAUUUGAUAGUAUUCAGUGAUUUCAACUUAUCUUUCAGAAGUUUGGAGUUCAGGCAUAUUCCUCGUACUCGCAAUGUCUUCGCUGAUGCUUUAACCAUCUUGCCUUCCAUGAUUCGACAUCCAAAUGAAUUGAUAAUUGAACCUAUACAGAUUCAACUUCAAGGAAAGUCGGCACAUUGUCUGAUUGUGAAAAAAAAUUCUAAUGAUCAUCCCUGGUAUAGUGAUAUCAAAGAAUUCAUAAAGACGGGAUCUUAUCCUCCAGAUGCCGAUUCAACUGCCAAAAGUCUCUUGUGUAGAAUGUCAUCAAAGUUCUUCUUAAAUGAAGAAGUGUUGGAUAAGAAAACAUUCGAUUUUGGUCUUCUAAGGUGUAUUGAUGAAGAGGAAGCUGAUUACAUGAUAAAAGAAGUGCACAAUGGUUUUAUGAGAAAAUGCAUCAAGUGUCAAAUGCAUAGCAAUGUUAUACACGCUCCUCCUAUAGAACUACAUAAUAUGACUGCUCCAUGGCCAUACUCAAUAUGGAGAAUAGACUUGAUUAGAGCUAUUGAUCCUUUUGCCUCGAAUGGGCAUUGA